ACAACAGCAGCUAAAGACUACAUUGCCUGUCAGGGUCCUCGUGCCCACAACAGUCAAUCAUUUCUGGAGGUAUGAUCUGGGAACAACGAGUGAGAGGCAUCGUUAUGGUAACCAAUUGCACUGAAGGAGGAAGGACGAAGUGUGAGCAGUAUUGGCCUGCAGACAGUAAGCCUGUGCCUCACGGAGAGCUGAUAGUAACCCUUAGGUCUGAAAAGCAGGAGCCCGACUGGACUUUGAGGGAAUUUAGAGUGAAAAAUAGGAACAACUCAGAGGAGCGCACAGUUAAACAUUUUCACUUCACUGCCUGGCCUGACCACGGAGUCCCUGAGGGCACAGAGGUGCUGAUCCAGUUCAGAGGACUGGUGAGACGGCACAUAGAGAGAGACGGGGCUGGAGCACCAACUGUGGUUCACUGCAGUGCUGGAGUGGGGAGGACAGGCACUAUCAUGGCCUUGGAUGUGCUGCUUCAGCAACUAGAGAAAGAAAGAGCGGUGGGCAUCAAUGGCUUUGUGCACAAGAUGAGACUGAGUCGCCCACACAUGGUGCAAACUGAGUCUCAGUACGUGUUCCUGCACCAAUGCAUCAUGGACCGCCUGCAGUCUCAUGAGAAUACUGAAGAGAACAUCUAUGAGAAUACUGAAGAGAACAUCUAUGAGAAUACUUUAGAGAAUACUGAAGAGAACAUCUAUGAGAAUGGAGACACGAUAUACGCCAACGCCACUGCACUCCGAGUGUUUCCUCAACAAAAAAACAUAAACUAGACAACUUGACAGUACUGAUCAUCAUUCUUUUAUGCACUUAUAAUUAAAUCUACAUGCUAUAUUUUGCUAAACUGUAAAUAUUAAAAACAUGUAAGCCUAUAUAUUAAUAUAAAUUCAUAGUAAUCUUUAGAUUUUAUUUCAUGUAUAACAUUGUGUUCAUCUUAUCAGCUUAAUGUGUAUGAUUCUUGUUAUUAUUAUUAUUAUCAUCAUGUGAGGGAACAAUAUGAUGACUGAACAAUUUUUUCGCAUUACAUCCAGACUUUAUUUGUACAAGAAAUAAAAA